CAAAUUCAACCAGUUUAGGCAAUAAAUAAUGGUCUGCUUCACAUGUGGAGCAGCAGCAGCAACUGGGUGGUCAUGAGUGAGAGACAAUAUUCCAGAUAGUUAAGCUUCUUCCUCCCCAGGGAUUUUCCAAAUUCAUAUUAUUCAAACAUAAGUGGGUGAUAAUGAAGGCCUAGCCAACUAGCACAUUCUCUUCACUGGAGAGGUUUAUUGGCUCAAUGGUAUUAGCCAUCAUGAUUAAAUCCCAAUUAGUGACUUGUCAUAAUGCGCCAAUGUGGAACGAUAGGCUCUGAAGACAAUUUUAGACUAUUGGAGUAUCCAUUUUCUACGAUCUCACCCGUUAUAUUUGAGUUUGAAGAACAAAUAAUUGUAACAUUUUAGAAUUUUUGAGCUUUGGUACCGUGUUAGACGGCCGUGAAACACAAUUAGUGCCUGUGCAUAAUAGUCGCAACCAUCAGUCCAAUCAUUCUCUGAUUUCUUUCAAAGUAUUCAACAAGAUGGGGAUGCAAUAAAUUAUGGUGGCUAAUUGGGGCUCCUGGGUUCAAGUGCAAUGUUGCUAGUAGUAGGGGCAAAAUUGGGGACGGCCCUACUUGAACUCAGUACGGUCAGUGUGUGUUUUCCCUUUCCUUGGAGCUAUCUCCGAUGCAAAAUCAGUCAAGCCUCACAUACACAUCCCUUAUUUUCUGCACAAGCCCCCUACAGUACUGAUAAAGAAAUAACACAAGGUUUUGUCUCCUUUGCCUCCAUUUUUACACCAAGACCUCUUUCAGUUGUCUAUUUCCAUAAUCCAUCCUUCCCCAGAUUCACUUUUCACCUAUGGUUGUCUCUAGCUUCUUGUUAUAGUUAGGUGGUGGCUGCUCACCUUCUUUUUUGUUUUGUCAGGACUCUCUUUCUCUUGGCCAUUCUAUAUUGCCCCCAUUACAAAAAUGUCAAAAAGGGUUCCCAAUUUUCGACUAAAGCACCCAUUAUAAGAUGUAACCCCCAGAAUAUAUAGAACCUAACACAAACCAAAUCUCUCCCCAUCUUUUACAGUUCUCUAUAUUACUCCCUAGUCACACCAAGUUCAACCACAUUUCUCUGGGCUUUCUUCUUCUACUUGUGCUCUGGCUUAAUUUCCCAAAUGAGGACAAUCAUGGCAGCCAAGACCCCUCAUGACUCGUCCUUCUCAUUUUCCAGAAGGUACUUCUGGAAAAAGAAGGUCGACGAUGAUGAAGACGACGAUCACGAAGUCCUCAACUUCAGUUCCUACUCACAUUUCUCCGAGCAAGAGAAAGAAGAGGAGCUAGUCCGAAACAUACAUAUGUCAACAACAACCGAUCAUCAAAUUGCAUCAGUCCUGCCUGAAGUGCCACGGAAGAAACACUCACUGGUCUCAGUCUCUAAGCUCCGGUCAGCUCUUACGCUAUUCGGCAAGAGCCGUUCUGGCUCUCGCUCCGGUUUAAUGGGUACUCUUUUCGGGUAUCGCCGCGGGCAUGUUCACUUGGCAUUUCAGGAGGAUCCCAAGUUGAACCCUACUUUUCUCAUCGAGCUGGCCACGCCAACUAGUGUUCUGGUUCGAGAAAUGGCUUCGGGGUUGGUCAGGAUUGCGUUGGAGUGUGAGAAGAAGACUGAUCAUAAGAAGAAGGGGUUGAAGUUGCUGGAGGAGCCGCUGUGGAGGACUUACUGCAAUGGCAAGAAGUGCGGUUUCGCUAUGAGGCGAGAUUGUGGUCCAGAGGAGUGGAAGGUGCUGAAAGCUCUGGAGCCAGUUUCAAUGGGGGCUGGGGUUUUACCUGGGAAUGAAGAUGGAGCUGGAUCUGAAGGUGAGCUCAUGUAUAUGAGAGCGAAGUUUGAGAGAGUUGUGGGGUCUAAGGACUCAGAGGCCUUUUACAUGAUGAACCCUGAUGGUUCUGGUGGUCCUGAACUCAGUGUUUACUUGCUUAGAGUCUAGUCUGGCUGUGAAGAGCAACAACAUCAUCCACUCUACUUGUUAAGUCAUAUGGAGCACUGAAAAGUUGGUGGUUCAGUUUACCCUUGAUUGUGUCCCUCUUUUUUGUUCAUUUGGAGCUAACGCUUAUGGGGUUUGAGACUUGUAUCAUGCUUCAAAUUUUGGAUUGUGGAGGGUUUAGACAUGGGGUUCUAUCUAGGUAGGCAGUGGGGUAAUUUAUGUAUAGGUUUUCUCCCUCCUUUUCUAGCUAAAAUGUGGAGAAUGUUGGAUACUCAUUGUGAGAAUGAAGUUCAUAAUCUUUGAAAUUUGAA